GAUAACAAAACAUUGCAGUGCUAUCAGCAGAGUAGAAAACAGAAUAGAAUCGAAUCAAAUACAUUAAUUCACAGUUAAACGACGAGAAAUCAGAAAAACCCCCGCCCUACAGAAAUCAAAAUCACAAGUUGAUAAGUGCCAAAACAAAAAUCAAUACCGAUCGCAUACAAUGCAGCGCCCCAAAAGGUGCUCCACACUGUGCUGAACAAAAAGAGAAAUAAGCAAAACAAACAACAGAAAAUCUAUAUUUAAUCUAUACUAUAUCUAUGUGUAAUCGAAUCGAAAAUGGCAGUCGAACAAAUUGAUAAAAUGGCAGCUAAAGCCGGAGAAGCUACAAAUAAAUGGAUUAAGCCACAGCAGACAGCAGCGCCGCUGCUAACGCUUCUGCUGCUCUUGGCCACGUUUAGUCAGCUGCCAGCCGCGCGCAGCAGCAGCAUCUUGGAUGCAGCCAGUCUGCAGGAGAAGGAUCCUCUGAGGGACACCAGCAUGAACAUGAUCCAGCGCAACUACAUGGUGAUGCACUCGGCCAGCGGCUCCGGCGACCACAGCCGCUCCCUGAAGCGCGCCAACCUGGCCAACUCGAGCAUCACCUGCAACGAUGGCAGCCACGCCGGCUUCUACCUGCGCAAGCAUCCCAGCUCCAAGAAGUGGAUCGUCCUUCUCGAGGGUGGCUGGCACUGCUUCGACGUGCGCUCGUGCCGCGCCAGGUGGAUGCGCCUGCGCCACCUCAUGACCUCCUCCCAGUGGCCAGAGACGAGAGAUGUUGGAGGCAUCCUGUCGCCCCAUCCCGAGGAGAAUCCCUACUGGCACAAUGCCAACCACGUGCUCAUCCCGUACUGCAGCAGUGACUCGUGGUCGGGAACGCGAACGGAGCCGGAUACCAGCGAUCGGGAGAACAGUUGGCGGUUCAUGGGAGCCCUGAUCCUGCGCCAGGUGAUCGCAGAACUGAUUCCCGUGGGAUUGGGUCGAGUGCCGGGCGGCGAACUGCUUCUCGUGGGCUCAUCGGCUGGUGGCCUGGGUGUGAUGCUCAAUUUGGAUCGCAUUCGCGACUUCCUUGUCAACGAGAAAAAGCUACAGAUCACCGUGAGAGGAGUGAGUGACUCUGGCUGGUUCCUGGACAGAGAGCCAUACACGCCGGCGGCAGUGGCCUCCAAUGAGGCAGUGCGUCAGGGAUGGAAGUUGUGGCAGGGCUUGCUGCCCGAGGAGUGCACCAAGAGUUAUCCCACGGAGCCCUGGAGGUGUUACUACGGAUACCGACUGUAUCCCACUCUAAAAACGCCCCUUUUCGUCUUCCAAUGGCUUUUCGACGAGGCCCAAAUGCGAGUGGAUAAUGUUGGAGCACCCGUAACGCCGCAGCAAUGGAACUACAUCCACGAAAUGGGCGGCGCCCUGAGAUCCUCGCUGGAUAAUGUGAGCGCCGUCUUCGCACCCAGUUGCAUAGGUCAUGGGGUGCUGUUCAAACGCGAUUGGGUCAAUAUCAAGAUCGACGACAUAUCCUUGCCCUCGGCACUGCGCUGCUGGGAGCACUCAACACGCAGCAGGCGUCAUGACAAGCUCAAGCGUUCCACGGAGCCAUCGACGGCGGUCUCGCAUCCACCACAUGCCAAUAACCAAAGACACCAGCGACACCGUCAGCGGCUGCAGCGCCAGAAGCAGAAUAACGUGGCCCAAACUGGAGGGCAGCAGCGGAGGCACAAUCACCUGACCAAGGAGGAGCGGGAGGAGCGGGAGGAGCGGAAACGAGUGCGCCAGGAGCAGCGACAGAGGCGCAAGCAACGGCGCCGCCAGCAGCAGCAGAAGAAGGCCAAUGGAGCGCAGGAGCAUCGGAACAAGAAGGAUAACAGCCCCAAGUCGAGCAGUGGCAAUGAUCAGCGGAAGCAGCGGCGGCGCCAGCAGCUGACUCCCGAGGAAAGGCAGGAGCAGCGGAAGCGACGCAGGAAAGCCCAGCAGCAGCAGGUGAAAAUGCAGCGGGAACAGCCGGCAGCUGGUGUUUUGCUGGAGGCGAGUGCGCCCCAGAAGACACGCUCCUCCAACAACGCCUCCGCGGGCACAAAGUCCAAGAAGCGCAAUCGCGUUCCGCGAGUGCCGGAGAAGUGCGGCCUCCGUCUCCUGGAACGCUGCAGUUGGCCGCAGUGCAAUCACUCCUGUCCCACGCUCACGAAUCCCAUGACCGGCGAGGAGAUGCGCUUCCUGGAGCUGCUCACCGCCUUCGGCUUGGACAUCGAGGCGGUGGCCGCCGCUCUGGGCGUCGACAUGCACACGCUCAACAACAUGGAGCGCACCGAAUUGGUCAACAUGCUCACCCAGCAGGCCAACUAGGCUCACCAAAUACCCUUUACCCCUUUGGGGGGAACCAAAAAUGGGCAAGGAAAUCGUAGGAGAUCGAAAAUACUUAAGGGAUAUUAUGCACAGCUUCUUGGUUUCUAUCUUAAAGCUUAACACUUGACAAGUUAGUUAAAUAUCUUAGUGUUUUAUAAACGACAAGAGAGUUCUGAUUCUUAGCUGCACUCGAUUUAGAUAUUCCUUCAGUCAUUUACAAAAAAUAAGAUCAAUAAGGAGGAGUUCUUCCUUUUAAUUUUGGUUAUCUCUAAAAUGGAUACCCUACGAUUUGCAAGCACUUUUUGGAGGUCUAUAGAACUCGACCCACCCUACUGUAAAUAGGCGCCCCUUAUAUAUAUAGUUUGUAGGUGGGGCCGCUCUGUAAAUAUUACAUAACACCACCCCAAAACACACUCACAUUAGCGGAGAUAACUCCAAUUCCUAGAACACACCAAGAAGAAAAGACAUGCGCAUAGUACCCAGUAAUUAAGCAGAAUUUAUUUAUAGUCCUACUCGAACUGCAACUCCUAUUCGUAUUCGUAUUCGUACUCGUAUCCGUACUCGUAUUCACAUUCACAUUCGCCACAUUUAUUCAUUCGCAUUCUGCAAUCAUUAUCAAAGAAAUGAAAUCUGCUUAACGAGAAACUAAACACAA